UGAGUGCAGCAGCAGCAGCUUGUCAGACAGACGUCGGCCCACACCUCCAGUCCCAUCUACCGUCUCCUCUAUUCUUCCACAUCUCCACUUCAUUUCCACUCUCUUCUCCCUGGUUUGCCUCCUCCUCCUCCUCCUCCUCUAGCCUUCGCUGCGGAGCCGCUCCGAAAGAAAUGUCCGCCAGACCGGGAUUUUACCGGCAGGAGCUGAACAAGACUGUGUGGGAGGUUCCGGAGAGAUACCAGAACCUGACGCCGGUGGGCUCCGGAGCCUAUGGAUCAGUGUGUUCAGCGUACGAUGUGGUGUCAAGGCAGAAGGUUGCGGUGAAGAAACUGUCCAGGCCGUUUCAGUCUCUGAUCCACAGCCGCCGCUCAUACCGGGAACUCAGGCUGCUCAAGCACAUGAAACACGAGAAUGUAAUUGGGCUGCUGGACGUCUUCACACCUGCUGCAACAUUAGAGGACUUCAAUGAACUCUACCUGGUGACUAACCUGAUGGGUGCAGACCUCAACAACAUCGUCAAAUUUCAGAGGUUGUCAGACGAGCACGUACAGUUCUUAAUAUACCAGCUCCUUCGCGGACUCAAGUACAUCCAUUCAGCGGGAUUGAUCCACAGAGACCUCAAGCCAAGCAAUGUUGCAGUGAAUGAGGACUGCGAGCUGAGGAUUCUUGACUUUGGCUUGGCCAGACAGACGGAUGAUGAGAUGACGGGGUACGUAGCAACCCGCUGGUAUCGAGCGCCGGAGAUCAUGCUGAACUGGAUGCACUACAAUCAGAAUGUUGAUAUUUGGUCCGUGGGGUGCAUCAUGGGAGAGCUACUGAAGGGGAAAGUCCUUUUUCCUGGCACUGACUAUAUUGACCAGCUGAAGCGAAUCAUGGAGGUGGUGGGGACUCCGACACCCGAGCUGUUAAAGAAGAUCUGCUCUGAACAUGCACAGAAGUACAUCCAGUCUCUGCCCUUCAUGCCCCAGCAGGACCUGGAAAAGAUCUUCAGAGGAGCAAAUCCACUAGCCGUCGAUCUUUUGAAGCGUAUGCUGGUUCUAGACUGCGACGGGAGGAUUUCGGCCUGCGAGGCUCUGUCCCACCCCUAUUUCGCACAGUACCACGAUCCAGACGACGAGCCAGAGGCACCGCUGUACGACCAGACGCUGGAGAGCAAAGACCGAACUCUAGAAGAAUGGAAAGAGUUGGUAUUUGAAGAAGUGAACAGCUUCAAAGCACCUGGCAGUAAAACCGAUAGCCUUCAGGCGGAGCAGUGAGCCUCGUCCUGUUCUGCCUCAACCUCCCCCUCCACCCCCCCCCCCCCCCCAGAGAAGGACCACGUACAAAGUGAGCGGGAGAAAGACUGUGGCACCACCUGCUCAGUGUGACUAUGUUUGACUGCCUGUCUUGAGUUCGUCUGAGCAGCAGGGAAGGACGGCCUCCACAGGAUCCGAUGCACACGUCACAAUUACAAGAAGUCUUGCAUCUCUCCAGUGCAAAUUCACCCCCACCCCCCCCCCUCCAUGUUUUUACUUCGCAAGGGCAAAAUGAGGAACUGUUCGGCUCUUUCAGGGAUCGCAGACGAUGCGGGGGAUUCAUAUGAGGCAGCAGCUUUAAGGAAGUGGACUGUGUUUACGCGGUGUCGGGAGCAAAGAAGACGACGACGACGACGAAAAAAUGCACACUAGAGUUUCCAAAGCACUUCAGUCCACAUUAUAACAAAUGCCACAAGGAGUCAUAUAUGGAAUUCACUUUUUUAAAGGCUUGCUGCGAUGUCGUGUCAUGCCACAGAAACACUUUACAGCCUGCACUGUCCUGCAUGAUGUCUGUGCAAUUUAUUACUGCAGAAUAUUACUGGUACUGUCCUAUAACCACAUAAACUGCUUACUGCAUCUGCUGCACUGGUAUUAAAGCACUAUGAGGGUCAGAGACGGACGCAUCACCAGGAACGUGUGCCACUUUUAACGUGUCUACCCAUCAUUUCUGCACAGGAACCAUUGUUAUAUAGAAACAGAAACUGUUA